GCUGUCAAUCAUUUCUAUGCAUCAAAGGCGCUGAGGCAGACUCUGUCUUCAAUGGAGCAUCACGUUUUGUUCUCCAACAUUCAGCACGUGAUGGCAGCCAGUCAAAAUUUAACUCCUGACUCUUUCAGAUUUCUCAUGGAUCUGGAAACUCGACUGGGAGAAAGUGUUUUAAUAUCUCAGGUUGGCGACAUCGUGCUGCAACACUGCCCAGAUUUUCACCGCCUCUAUGUGCCGUACGUGACCAACAUGAUGUACCAGGAGGCCCUCGUCAACCAGCAGCUGCAGAACAACAGAAACUUCCUGUGUUCACUAAACAAACUUGAGAAUGACCCAGUGUGUCAAAGGCAGACCCUCAAGUCGUUCCUGGUUCUGCCCUUCCAGAGAAUUACUCGUAUUAAACUUUUACUGGAGAGCAUCCUGAGACUGACUGAGCCAAAUUCUGACUCCAUUUCAAAUCUUGAGAAAGCAAUAGAGGCCAUUCACGAGAUCGUGACAAAUUGUGACAAAGGGGUCAAAAAAAUGAAACAAAUUGAGGAGCUGGUCUGCCUGGAGAUGCUGCUGGAUUUUGACAAAGUUAAGGCAGUUCCUGUGGUCGUAAGCAGCCGGUUUCUGGUUCACCAAGGACCCAUGAAACAGCUGACUAUGGAAAACUCAAGAAUGUCGUUCAUCGGCAUCCAUGUCCACCUCUUUAAUGACCUUUUGAUCAUCUCCUCUGAAAAGGAUCAACGGUUCAUGGUUUUGGAUCACGCUGAAUUCCCUGAAUAUGUGACCGUUGAGCAUCUGAAGACUGAAGUUCUCAGUUUACCCCCAGAGUCCUUUCUGCUGCAUCUUGCUCAGAGCCAAACAGGAAAUCCGUAUGCAAUGAUAGUUGUUGCACAGACAAGGUAA